CAGCCAAGCCUCACCGGGUGGCUCUUCGAAGUUCUCAUGGCUGGCUGAGACGCGGAAGGUGGCUUGCACGUGGUGGCCUGACCAUCAGCUUGAAGCCACAUUCUCCAUAGCCUGUCGGUGGUGCAGUGCCAGAUUGGUGCCCGCAAACACGGUACGCAUAGCUUUUGGGUUGCUUGACACUUGUCUCUGCACUCCUGCCACGGCAUAGUCACGGUUCAAGACCGGUGUUGCGACCCCAAGGUUUCGGUGAAAGCGGCAGACCACACUCUGAGUUCUUGCUUCGGCAAGACCAUGCGAAGCCGCACGUUGUGACCGAGCUGAACGGUUUGUAUAUAAGUAUCCGAAUAUUGACUCGCAAUACUCCUCUUUCGUUUGCUGCCGUUUUUGUUCCCUCUAAUCCCCCGACAACCGGCUCCUUUCCACUCACGUCCACCCUACGCAACUUCUAAAACCUUGCUGGCUCCAUUCGAGCACUUCAGCAUGGCCACUAAGCAAGCCUUCGUCUACUCAGGCUCCUGGUCCGACGAAACUCGUGCCCAACCCGUCCUCAAGUUCCUUGAAUGGUACACUACAACAAUCAUUGACGAGAAGAAGUUUGAUCUCUCACCCACCGACGCCGGCAUGACCAAGGACUGGGUGCUACAGAAGUCUACCGGCGAAGUCAUCGAAGGUGCCGACAAGGCAUGGCCGGCGCUCAAGGAGGCGUAUGCACCCUUCAAGGAGCACGUCCAUGCGCCCACCUUUGUCGUCCAGUGGGAGACGGAGAAUGGCUGGUCUAUGGUGGGUGUGGCGAACCUUUGGUGGAAGCUGCAGGCAGAUGGCAACGAUGUUAUCAAAGGUCACGGAGGCAAGAUGUGGGAUGGAGUUACGCCGGGGGCCUUCAGAUUCGAUUUCACCAAGAGCGAACACGGCCAUGAAGGUAUCGCACUCACACGGACCGAAAUCUACGAUGAUCCGACUCAAGCGGUAGUGAAAAUGCUUCAGAGAGGCAUGCUCAAGCCUGAACAGCUCAUGCAGUCGUAGCGUGUUGACGAGUAACGCUACCUAACUGUUUGGCAGGUUCUAUAACGGAGACCCACAUGUGCUGUAGCCUGUUAGAUGGCAACGAACUUUGGUGCAUCACGCCUAAAAGUUUCAUUAUCACGACACACGCACCGUGUCUGGUUACAAUUUUUCUGCAACACACUGUCUGCCUUACACCGUCUCCACUCGGCAAUAGAUGUCACACGCUUGCGUUCCAGGACGGGUAUUUGCGGUCGUGGCGCUGAUAGUCCUAAGCAUGGUCGCUCAGCACAUGCGUUGGGAUGCUACGAUGCAGGUAGGCCGUUUCCGUUGCGAUCAUCGACGUUGUUGCGCAUCGAAGAGGAUCAUGAAGUAGCAACCAUGUGGUACAGCAAAUUGUCAGCAUUUCACAAGG